UUGUUUGUGCUUGACCUUAAAUACAAGAAUAUUUAAAUGGUUUUCUCUGUUUAGUUAUGGAUGAUUUUUCAUUGUCAGUGGAAAAUUAUCGUCUAACUAGCUGCGUCAAUGGACAGAUAUUGUAUGUGAAUAAAGUUUUGAUGGGAGAUAGAUUGGGAAGUAGCAUCUAUAACUAUGUUAAAAUUAGUUGGUAAAUACUUUAAUACCUGGAGAUUAAUAAUUUAUACGGUCUUUGACUGUCUUCAAGAGUUGGAAUUUUAGAAUCUUGAAUUCGUGAGGAGAAAAACUGUUGGAAUCUAUUUAUACAAAAGAUAAAGUGUGCACUCUUGAAUGAUUGUAUGGUAAUGUCUGUGUUUUCUUUGUUUGACUUGUUAAUGGUGUAUAUAUCAUAUAAUUCCCAUUUAUAUGUAACUUGAUGUUGGAUGAAGAAGGCUCACAGAGCAGGAUUGGUGUAAUUGUGGAUCUUUUGCUAUCUUUCUUGUUACCUUGCUCCUUCACAAGCACUUUUUGUAUGUUUACGUAUUUUCAGCUGCAUGUUGACAGUUAAUUCUGGAAGGAAAAAGAGUGGUGUUGACUUUGAAGCAUUGAAGCGAUUUGGAUACAGAGGUGGACUAUCAGUUCUAAAAGUGCCCCCACCAAAAGAAGAUGAGAAACAAGAUUGGUCUUGGUCUACUGGCAGAGAACAUUGUGAAGUUAAGAAAUAUGAGGAAUCCUCUGAAGAACAACAUAAAACAAGAGCUGGAGUGCUGGAUGAAGCGCAGCUGACAAAUGUACAAACUCAGAAAGAGGAGAAGAAGAAUCUUUCUUUUUCCCAGAAGGAGAAGAGGAAAAGAGAGCUUGGUCAGGCUAGUAGGGGGAAGAGUUAUGUGGAAGAAGAGAAGAGGUUGUUAAGAGAAAGUGGUAUUUAUUCUGGGUUUGACACAUGAUCCAAUGCUUACAAACAUAUUUCCGUAGAAUAUAAUGCGUGCAAUAGCCUUAUCAUGAAGAACCUUUAUUGCUGUAAAAAAUUGUGCUGUAACCUGUAAUUCACAGUUCUGAGGAUUAUGACUUUCACUACAAAUGUGUUGCAUUGCACAGAUGUUAAAUGAGUGACCAUGAAACUAGAAACUAUAAA